AGUUGACAGCGAGUAACACAGUGAUAAUCGAGUGCACUGCGAAAAAUCCGUACAACGAUGCUUCUCAGAGCAUUUCUACUGGGUGGUUUCCUAAUUUUGGGAGCUCACUGCGACAUAUACAGUGAUCUCUUCAAUAACCAUGAUCCAUUUUCGCACGCGUGGACAUGGGCAAAUCCACACUACCAUUCCAAAAACUCCCUAGGAUCCAAAUCAACGAAGGAUCGCGAGCCUCUGUCUCCGGACUAUAAAGAUCCCGUCACUUCGAGUUCAGAUCAGAAACCUGUUCUCCAGCCGAAACCUAAUAAUCCUUCGACUACGACAAAAAGUCCCGUAAAUCCUGUUAUCCCCGGUGGAGUUAUUGACGUAGACGCAAAUGGAGGCUUUCCCACUUUGACAAGUUCCUUCGGACCUGAAUUUGACUUUUCCUCGUCGUUUGGGCUGAAUUCCAAACCUUUUGGGAUCGGCGAUCUUUUUGGGGGAUUUGCAAGAUCACAGUGGUGGAAAGGAGACAAUGUGUGUAUUGAGAGGGAAGAAAGUACAGAUGAUGAUGAUGAUGACGAUCAGGAGGAAGAAGCAGAUGACAAGAAAAAUGAGACUGAACAAGUGGGGCGACAAAUCCCUGAUCUUUUUUCGACAUCUAUCAGGUUAUCCAACUGUUUCGAGACUUCUAAUAAAUAUGAGUGUGUCACAAAGAUAAACAAUCACGGCAUCGUGAAGACUUUUACUGUUCGUUACAAGUGCUGUUACGGGUACAAACGAACUUCUGGCAAGGGCUGUGAAAAGCAGGGAGACCUCAAGCCGAUCAUGGACACUUUGACUGAUAUGAAAGCGGAUGAAUUCAAAAACUUGAUCAAGUCGACUGGCCUUGAAUCAAAGUUUACCGAAGGGAACUUUUCUUUGAUCGUUCCCACGGACGAUGCUUUGAACCUGUACAACGAGAAACUGAACGAUAUGAACAACGUCGAUCUAUCACGUCGACGACGUGCAAUCAAAAAUGCACUUUCAAACAAAGAUCUAGUCCUCAGUCACACCAUCGAAGGCUUCAUUGAUUUACAAGACAUCGGCAACGAAGAGAUUCUAAGAAGCGAGAACAACAAUAGUUCCAUUAGAUUCAAUAUGUAUCCCACCCAGUCUGACGAAAGGUUAGUGACAGCAAACUGCGCCAGGAUUAAGACUCCUAAUGUUUUGUCCAAAUCUGGAAUUGUUCACAUGGCUGAAGGUGUUGUUAUUCCUGCAACUGAAGACAUCGAGAGUGUUAUCCGCCAACAUCCGAGACUGACCAGUUUUCGAAAAGCACUGGAGUAUACCGACAUCUCAACCCACAUCAAACCCGAUGGUCAUUACACCGUUUUUGCACCAACCGAUGAAGCUUUCAACAAACUAGAAGAAGGCCAAAAACAAAAGAUCUUGAAUGGUGGAGGAUGUGUAGACAGUAUUCUGAAAUUUCACUUCACCCCCCACACAGUUUGUUCGUCAGCUAUUAUUGGCAAUGCCACUACGCACAACGUAGAAGGUGACAUUUUGAACUUAGAGCGCACUGCUGAUGACGAGCUCAUCUUUGAAGGAAAGGCUAAAAUCAGUGAAGCUGACAUCAUGGGAACUAAUGGCGUAAUUCAUUUGCUCGAUGACAUUAUUAUACCACCUUCAGGAUUGUACAUUGGAAGCGUGUUGAGGAAUCAUAACUUCAGCAAAUUCCAAGACAUUAUUGAAAAAGCCGGUAUGAGAGAAGAAAUAAAUAGUUUAAAUAACGCCACCGUGUUCGUCCCUGUCGAUAAGGCAUUUGAAACUCCUGAAGCUAAGAAAUUAUUGGAAGCAACACAGGACAGUCCUGAUAAAUUAAAGGAAAUAGUUAGAUACCAUAUUGUUCAAGGGCAGUUGCAAUCCGGUGACAUGAACAAUAACCUCUUGUUGACUACCAACGACUACGGAAAAGAGUUGAGGGUCAAUCUAUAUUCAACGUUACCAUUGUUUACAAACGUCGUCAAUCGAGCUACCGUUAACUGCGCCCGACUGAUUGGAUUCGACGAUAAGGCCUGUGGUUCCGUCAUCCAUGAAGUGAACAAAGUGUUGGUGCCUCCCUCGCAGAACAUCUUGGAGAUAAUCGAGACAACCGAGAAGUACUCCACGUUGCGCAGCAUUCUUAAAGACACGGAAGUGGAAGCUAUUCUGCAGCAGAGCAAUCAGUCGCUGACUUUCUUGGCGCCUACGGACGAGACUUUCGCCGCCAUGGAUGAAAAGGAUAGGAAAGUUCUGCUGGAAGACAAAGAAAAGGCCAAUGUCGUUUUAAGGAACCACGUUCUAACAGAGGUGCUUUGCUGCGCUGGCGUAGGACCACAGUCCUGGGGCUUCAGCAGCUUCGUCUCUACUCUAGGCAGCAGCCACGUCGAAAUCGGAAGAUCCGGCAGUCAGAUCCGCAUCAACAAGGGGGUGGUGACAAGUUGUGAUACUCUAGCUACGAAUGGCGUCAUCCACACUAUCAACAAAGUAUUACUCCCACGUCGGCAACCGGUGAGCCCCACUAUCGGCGGAGGUUUCUUCCUCUUCGACAUCUGAAUGUAGUGAGAUAGACGUGAGAGACGCUAGUGAUAUUUUUAUAUUAUGACUGAAGAAAGUACUUUUUACGAAAUCUUGCGUGUAGCUCUUUAAGAUAUAUUAUUAUUAUUAUUUAUUGAUUUUAUCUGUAGAAGGUUUUGUAACGUAUGAAUAAAAAUAUAAUAUUUACAUAU